UAGAUAAAUGGGGUGGGUGAAACAGGACGCUUCCUUGUGUUGCUCGACAUGGUAAUGAUGUGGAUAUACAAUAAUUAACAUAUAAUUAAUCAUUAUUACGGUUCCGUGUCAUGCUGAUAACUUGUGCCUAUUUAAGCCUCUGAUUAUGCUAGCAGCAGCCUUGCAUAACCAUAUCCUGGGGAAGCUGGUUCUGGCCUUCUGCGGCAUUUGGUUAUGACGUAUGGGGCGAGUGGUUGGCAUUUGUUUGAAAUGGUUAGUACAUGUGCUAGAAGAAAUUUCUUCAACAUAUGGGUGGAAAUACAAAUGACAAAAGAUGAUCUGUAGGGCCACAAUUUUUAUGGCCGAGGAGCUAGCAGGUAUCUGUUUUUUGUUUUAAACACCAAAAUGAUCUCCAGGCAUGCGUGUCCUUGAGCUUAUGAUGCUCAUAAAUAAUAAUGGGAAUAUGACCUUUUGUUGAGCCACUCGGUGAAAAAGGAUCUUUAUAGUUUAGCCCCAGUCUUCCACAUCAGGCUUUCUAGACAACAUUUAAAAUAAGUCUAUGAAUUGAUUGUGGAGUUGCUCAUUUCUUAACAAUCAUUUAAUCUGCCUAUUCUGAGUAGCACAUUCCUCAAGUGCUUUUUUUAAUUUCAUCCUUUCAGGAUUAGCUGAAAGGAAACCUAUAACACCUAUUUCUUACUAUGCCUUUUUCCACAUGAAAUAGGUCAGAUUUUGAGGCAUCUGCUCAGUGCUGAUGCCGCUACACCCACUCAAUAAUUCACUACAGUUUUUUUAGAAGAAACGUGAAGAUGGUCCGAGGACUGAAUUUAAAUGGCUGGAAUUCUGCUGUUUUAGAGAGAAUAACUGAACCGCAACGGAAGAUAGCGAAGAUAUUGGCUAAGCUCUUUAAUGAUGAACGAGACGAUGCUGCUGUUUGUAUUCAUGGUUCUUUUCAAGCAUGUUUUGGUCACACAGAAAUUAUCCAAUAGAGAAGACGUGAAAUCCAUGCUGCACAAAGUAAUAAAAUAUUGGGUACCCCUGAGAAAAUGGUGGAAAAGGGAAUCCAAUUUGAUCUCACCUCUAGAUGCAAGAAAACAAAAGUUCAAUAUUGCUAAGGACAUCCUUAUGAUUGAAACAUUGAAUUAAUGAGAGAAGUGUCAUCAACUUAUUAACUUUAAUGGAAAACUAAGGAAAUACGUCUAUUAUUAGGCUAGAACAAAACUGCAUGUAUAUGAAAUUUCAUGGAAUCCCAGAAUAAUAUUUUCAUUGAAACCUCUUAUGGUAAUUGUACUAUCUCUAAUCUGCUAGGCCUUUGCAUACUAAUGAAUAUGGCCCAUCAUGAAUCUUAACCAGCAGAAAAUGUUACUAGCUACCAAUCAUGUUCAGUUCUUGAAAUCUUUUCUGGCAAACAAAUAAUUCCCCACAGUGGAGUAGUUGAUGACCAAUCUUUAAAUGGAAGCAAGGGAUUAGCAAGACUGAGCAUCAUUGGCUAUCACCGAAAGAAACAACUGAAAAUCCUGACCAGAGAAUUGUUCAAUUUGGUCAUUUAUAGUAUAUGUCUCCGCAAACUUUGUCCACGGGCAAAAAAUUGAAGAGCUACGAGUGGAAUUUCCAUAUGCAAGGAAAGACUUGUAAAUUUUAACCAUGUUGCCAACAACAGAAGAAAUUUGUUCACAGAUGAUGUCGUCCUUUAUCUUUCUGCAAUUUGUUAUUAUUAAUGUAACCAGUGAAGCUUAACCAUUUCCCUGAUUACUGUUAUUGAUUUCCAUAAAAAAACAGUUUUGCUUUUGGCUUUAUCAUGGGAAACCAAUUAAGGGACAUGUCUGCAUCCAUAUAUGCACACGGCUAUAGACUGAGCUGUGUUGAACUGUAUAUCUAUUAUCUGCUAAACUAGACAUGUUUUCCUAAUUGAGAUCCAUGAUAAUAAGACUUGUAAUAUCUACAUAUUAGAAGCGCACAUGAACACAGUAGUGAGAUUGUAACUUCACGCGGAUCAUCAGGAAAAAAAAGGUUUAGAAAACGAGGGCAAAGCCAACCAAAAUUUGACGAACUUUUGACGUGGAAAGCCCAUUAAGAAUUUGCAGUCCAAAAAUUGAUAGAUUUAAGAAUGCUUUCCCAGUCCAGGGACCUAAACAUCCCAACGAGAUGCAUUAAUUGUAAUAAUAUUCCAUUUUGAAUCCUCACAAGUAGGCCUGGUAUAAGAAUAAGACACUGUUAGUUGCCUAUUAUAAUAUUCAGAUUGUUGAAAUGAACUGAUUGGGGACCGAUGAAAGUGUAAGUUAUGGGAAGAACAUGGGGGCCUUAUCGACUCAUGUUAUUCCUUUUACCUUUUUCCAGAACUAGCAUAUGCAGACUCAACAUUCGGAAAAAAAAAAAGGCCAAUGCCUAAUGGAAUAUGGUCGGUUUCCGCCACCAAAACCAAUUUAAAAAAAAAAAAAAGCAAGGUUCAGAUGUUUUUGAAUGUCCAUUCCACUGUCAGCUCUUAGUAUAUACACAUUCUGAUUCUGCAUUCAUUCCAAGGCCAAACAUUGUUAAAUCUUUGGCAAGUUGCAAGAGUGCUCAUGGUGCGGUGUCACUUAAACCGUUGGAACAAACCCAGUUGCUUCUUCCAACUUCCCAUAAUUUAGGGUGCAUUUCCUUUGUCAGAUAUAGUUUUGAUCAAGUACUGAUAAGUGAUAGAGACAAAGCAAUUUUGAACUGGCGUUUUUGAGUUCCAGCAAUUUUGAACAGAAUUCUCCAUCGCUUGCUUAGUUCCAGGAUUUUUCCGAGUUGAGCUCAAAAUGAGUUGUUCUCGUUUGUCAAUACUUGUAUUCUGCACUUCCUUUCUUUGCUUCUUCCUUUACACCACCCAAGCUAGGUGGCCUCACCAUGCAAAACAUAAGCACACUCACUCUCACAAAGUAUCCGCAAUUUCAGAACCUCCCUCUUCCCCACCUGUAUCUGCUAAUCUUUCAGAACCUACCUCUCCUCCACCUGAAGCUUCAAAUCUUUUAGAACCUCCCUCUCCUCCACCUGAAGCUUCAAAUCUUUCAAAACCUCCCUCUCCACCGCCUGAAUCUGCUAAUAGGCCUCCCACUCUUUCACCUGAGCCUGCUAAUCCGCCUGAUUAUGGGAGUGACCACAAUUCUGGGGUUUUUGAUGUGCGGAAAUUUGGGGCUGUUGGUGAUGGCAUAACAGAUGAUACGGAUGCGUUCAAGAUGGCAUGGGAAGCAGCCUGCCAAGUAGAUUCUGCAGUCAUCCAUGUUCCUUAUGGCUUCAAAUUCAUGAUUCAGUCUACAAUUUUCACAGGUCCUUGUCAAGGUCGUCUACAGUUUCAGGUUGAUGGGACUCUUGCACCUCCUGAUGGACCAGACUCUUGGCCACAAAAGAACAGUAAGCGACAAUGGCUGGUCUUUUACAGAAUUAGUAUGAUGUCUCUAGUAGGAGGUGGUGUAAUAGAUGGCAAAGGAGAGAAAUGGUGGGAUCUUCCGUGCAAACCCCACAAGGGAAUUAAUGGAACCACAUUACCUGGACACUGCGACAGUCCAAUAGCCGUUAGGUUCUUUAUGAGCUCCAACUUGACUGUUCAAGGACUUAGAAUCAAGAACAGCCCGCAAUUCAACUUCAGAUUUGACAACUGCAAGAAUGUUCAUAUAAAAUCCAUUCACAUUACUGCCCCUGCCCUGAGUCCUAACACUGAUGGAAUACACAUAGAGAACACCAAUAAUGUGGAAUUAUAUGAUUCAGUAAUCUCCAAUGGUGAUGAUUGCAUAUCGAUAGGGUCAGGCUGUUAUGACGUAGACAUAAGGAACGUCACUUGUGGACCUAGUCACGGAAUCAGCAUUGGGAGUCUAGGCAAUCACAACUCACUGGCCUGUGUAUCAAACAUCACAGUUAGAGACUCGGUGAUUAAAGUGUCGGAUAAUGGAGUUAGGAUCAAGACAUGGCAGGGUGGAUCAGGAGCAGUUUCAGGAAUAAUAUUCAGUAAUAUUCACAUGGACAAUGUAAGGAAUCCGAUUAUAAUAGACCAGUUCUAUUGCCUGACAAAGGAGUGCAGCAACCAAACAUCAGCUGUUUUUGUAUCGGACAUUCUGUACGAAAACAUAAAGGGAACAUACAACAUUCGAAGCCCACCAAUGCAUUUCGCCUGCAGUGACUCAGUUCCUUGCACCAACUUGACGCUCUCAGAUGUUGAGCUUCUUCCCGCUCAAGGUGACCUAGUAUUGGAUCCAUUUUGUUGGAAUGCGUAUGGACAACUUCAGACACUAACUAUUCCACCAGUUUCUUGCUUGAUGGAGGGCGCUCCUCGUUCUAUGUUGGAUAAUGUUAUGGAUUAUUGUUGACCCACUAGAUUCAACUGUAAAGUAGUUCCAAUAUAUGUAUGUACAUAAUUGAAAGAGAAGCAAUGAUUAUUGAUUAAUGUGGAGCUACUAUCAUGUUAACUGCAAUUAUGCAAUGAUUAUGGAAUGGACGACAUUCAUUAUAUUUGCUCAA